CCACUGACAAUAUUGUGAAUUGAUUGAUAUGUAGCUUAUGUAAUCUACUUGAGCUUCUAAUUCUAAUGUGGUCGACUCGGAGUUUUGAACGUUCUGAACAUUGAAGUAACUGCCUGAGCCCAGCCUUGCAAGUUGGCCUUGGCGAUCAAGAGUUGAUACAUGGCUACACCAAUACGCAAGAAGCGCAACUUCAAGGCUUUGCAGCUUGAUGUGCCCGCGAAACCAAAGGAACCAGAGCCAGUCCCCACAAGGGUUGCUCCCGCAACUACAGCGGCGAAGGGCAAGAAACGACCUCCGCCUAUGACACUCAACGCCCCGAAAUUGGGAGUAUCUAACGCCGUUCAGGAUCCAGAUGGAAAUCUUGCGAACGCAGCAGGCGCGCCUACUUGCACCAUUCCCUCCGCUUCUGCAAAUACGCGGAGAAAUACAUACCACACUCACCUUUCCAACACGCUAGCAAACCUUGAUAUGAAUGCCGAGACGCGUUACGAUCUUCGUAAUGAGGAUCUGAAAGACCUUCAGGAGCUUGGCCAAGGCAACGGCGGGAGCGUCAAAAAGGUAGAACAUACACCCACUAACACCAUCAUGGCCAAGAAGAUUGUUCUCAUUGAUGCGAAGCCUUCCGUGCGGAAGCAGAUUCUCCGCGAACUUCACAUUAUGCAUGAUUGCCAUUCGCCAUACAUCAUCUCAUUCUAUGGCGCAUUUCUUUCUGAUCCAAAUAUCUGCAUUUGCAUGGAGUUCAUGGACAAGGGUUCUCUUGAUGGAAUUUACAAGAAGAUCGGUGCUAUCGACAUCGAUGUCGUCUCCAAAGUUGCGCUGGCCGUGCUCGAAGGCUUGACCUAUCUAUAUGACGUACACCGAAUUAUUCAUCGUGAUAUCAAACCGUCGAAUAUCUUGUGCAACUCGCAAGGUCAAAUCAAGAUAUGCGACUUUGGUGUUUCCGGUGAACUCAUAAAUUCCAUCGCCGAUACCUUCGUAGGAACCUCAACCUAUAUGAGUCCCGAGCGGAUACAAGGUGCACAGUAUACCGUCAAGUCCGAUGUGUGGUCUUUGGGUAUUUCUCUCAUAGAACUUGCCCUAGGGCGGUUCCCCUUUGCCGAUUCAGAUCCGGAUGACUCCGACCUUUCUGACUUUGAAGGUACUUUGUCGCCUGGUUCCAUCGGACUUCCACCGAAGAAAGAGAAAGACAAGACGUCAAAAAAGGACAAGCGGAAGAGCAGGGGUGUCAGUCUACAGGGAGGUGGAAUGAUGAUGAGCAUAUUGGAACUGCUCCAGCAUAUCGUUAAUGAACCUGCCCCACGACUGACACCAGAGGGGCGUUUCCCUCAGGAAGCAGAAGAUUUCGUCGACAGCUGUCUGCUCAAGGACCCUGAUGCGCGGACCACACCAAAGGAUCUUUUGAAACAUUCUUGGAUAGACAGUGCCAGAGCAUCAAGGUUCGAUCUUGAGGUUUGGGCGAACACAUUUUGAGUCCAUUGUGUGGUUCUCCUUGUAUAUCUCAUAUACCCCCUUAUCCGCCCUCCCACGUCAUAUUAAUUCAUCCCUGCUGCCAUUGCUCUGAUUGCACAUUUCAUCCUCGCGCGCGGUCUGUAUUAUAGAAAACCAUGGAAU